AGAAACACAUGCCCUUCAAAUAACCACAGGCACUCGAGCACAGCCGUCAAGUCCAUUUUUAGCGCUAUCUUGGUCGCUUCGCAUAACCAAACCUCUCGCUUCGCUUAGCCCAAGGACUCGUCCGCCACGCCAAGCCCUUGCCGAUUCGCUCUUUUUCAGUUUCGUCAAAAAUUUGAAAUUGGUCAAAGGGGAAACUAUUCUCUAUAAAUGAGGAGGAGGAGUUAUACCCCAUCACCACCUAGGGGUUAUGGCGGGAGAGGACGGAGUCCGAGCCCCAGGGGUCGCUAUGGCGGUCGUGGUAGGGAUGCUCCUACUAGCCUUCUUGUUCGUAACCUUCGCCACGAUUGUAGGCCAGAGGACCUUCGGAGACCAUUUGGGCAGUUUGGUCAUCUUAAGGACAUUUACUUGCCGAAGGAUUAUUAUACUGGGGAACCCCGUGGUUUUGGUUUUGUGCAAUAUGUAGAUCCUGCUGAUGCUGCUGAUGCUAAAUAUCAUAUGGAUGGUCAGAUUCUUCUUGGUCGGGAGUUGACUGUUGUCUAUGCUGAGGAGAACAGGAAGAAACCAGCUGAUAUGAGGGUAAGGGAGGGAGGGAGUAGGGCUCGAUAUCAUGAUCGAAGACGGUCACCCCCGCGUUAUUCUCGCUCACCUAGAUACUCUCGAUCUCCAUCUCCACGCCGUAUGAGACCUCGGUCCCGAAGCCAUGAUUAUUCCCCUCCCCCCAAACAAAGAUCUGUUUCACCCCGAGACAGAAGGCCUAGUCGAGAGAGGUCGUAUACGCGCUCUCCGCCCUAUAAUGGCUCAAGGAGCCACAGUCAAAGUCCAGAUAGGGGUGCGAACAGGAGCCAGAGCCAAAGGCAAAACCCUAACCAUGAAAAAUUCUCAGCGCAACCAAAUGGAGAUAGGUCUCCUAGUCAGUGAGCUACUCUGAAAUAGACUACUGUUAUGCUAGUUUUUUGUUGGAUUUUGUUUAUAAUUUCCGACCAUGUUAUGUUGGUAGUUGUACCAUUCUCAUGAAUUUGAUCCAGAUUCUGGUUCCGUUCGUUGACAUUUUCUUUUUCAAAAAAAGUUACAUCUGGUGAUA